AUGCUUAUUACGCCUCAAUAUGAUCCUUUGAAGGACUUUUCCGUAACUGGCAUAACUUCAAUCAUAAGCCAGAAGCGGAAGAUUAUUUGUUUUUCAGGUUCGUUCUUGCUAAAACACAGCUUUCCAUAAUCCACCCGAAACCCCCACAACACCAGAAGUUCCACAAAUGACUCUUUUCACAAGUUAAUUUAUCCCAUAGAUUUUGACGGAACCAUCUUCAUGCAAGAUACCGGUCACAUUCUCUUUGAUGCCCAUGGCUGCGGCUCUGCCCGACGCGAAAAACUCGAAGCACAACUCUCCUCUGGCGAACGCUCUUUCCGCGACGUCUCGGAGGAAAUGUGGGGUUCUCUCAACGUUCCUUUCGAAGAUGGUUUCGAGGUCAUGAAAGAGAAAUUGGAAAUUGACCCUGAUUUCCAGACUUUCCAUAAGUUUUGUGUAGAUGAGGGGAUCCCAUUUAAUGUCAUUAGUGCAGGGCUGAAGCCAAUUUUGAGGGCUGUGUUAGAUGAGUUCCUCGGAGAAGAAGAGGUAUGUGCUCUUCUUGUAGAGAUAUUGUUGGUGAUCUUGAAGGGCGGAGGUUAAUCCAUGUGUAGAGCCAGCAUAUUGAAAUCGUAGCCAACGACGCAGAAAUCAACCCUGACGGCUCAACUUGGACCCCAAUCUGGCGCCACGAUACACCUCUGGGGCACGACAAAGCCCUUUCCAUCACGGAAUAUCGAGAGCAAGCCGCUGCUUCCCUCAAGCAUGAUCCAUCUCGAAACCACACCCUGCAACCCGUCGAAACCAUCCCCCUCAUCGUCUUCAUUGGCGACGGUGUAUCUGAUCUCCCCGCCGCAAGAGAGGCAGAUGUUCUCUUCGCGCGGAGGGGAUUAAGGCUUGAGGAAUACUGCGUUGAGAAUAAGAUCAAGUAUAUCCCCUUUGAUACUUUUGCGGAUAUUGGGAGGGAGGUGAAGAAGAUUCAGAGUGAGGACGAGGAGGUCACUAGAGGGCUAGGCAAGCCAGCUAGAUUCAAUCCCAGAGCUAAUAUGUGGAGGAGGGUCAGUAGUCAGGCUGCUGUAAGUUGUUCUUUUUCCGUUUUACGUGUAAGCUUUUGGAGGAGGCUGACGUGUUGUAAUAGGUGCCGAGAUUGGUGGCUGCCACGCCUAGUAAGGAGCAGAAGAUGUUCUUGUGGCCAGAGGCAUUUUCGGAGUUGAAGGGAACUUCGACGAUCGUGGAGGCUGUGGCUGCUUAA